UCAGUUGAAAGCAGGCUAUUGUAUGCCACGCGCCGGGCGAUCUGCGCACGCGACGGUUUACGAAUAAAAAUAAUUCGGGGAUACCACAAGGGUGCACUCUGGGUGCAGUGAUUUUGAAUUCAUACGUUAACGCCAUCAUUUGUGUCGUGCAGUGAUUUCUUUAUUUUUGUGGUCCAGUGUAUGCAGAUGCUGUAUGCAUGAUUUAAUCUGCUGCUAAAAGCUCGAAAAAUAUGACAUUAAAAAAGAAAACAGUGAAGUGAAAAAAUUUCAGUAGUUUUAGUGAGUGACAAGAAAUUCAAGUUUUUUUUUUGGUGAAGUGAAUAAGAGAUUCGGUUAUAUGAGUGAGAAGGCGUGUUUGGGCAAGAUGACGAACAUUUCUCCGGAGACCAGGAUCAUGAUGAUGAGGGGGGAGGAUGGAAGGCAAGGCUACAGGCGACAAAUCCUGGCAGCAUUAGCCGUCUCGCUGGGCCCCUUCGCGGCAGGCCUCAGCAAGGGCUACAUGUCGCCCGCCAUCGCGUCCAUGCAGGAGUCCCAGCACGACUCGUCCUUCACCGUCAGCGACCAGCAGGCCAGCUGGAUCGCAAGCUUGAGCUUAUUAGGAGCCCUGAUCGGCGGCAUUCUCGGAGGCAUGACAAUGAGGCUGGGGAGGCGCACGAUACUCCUGGUGUCAGCUCUUCCCUUUUCUCUCGCGUGGCUGGCGACCGCUCUGUCCACCAGCGUCAACAUGAUCUCCGUCACCUCGUUCUGCGGCGGGAUGCUGAUUUGCUGCAUAACUAUGAUCACUCAGGUUUACGUCACGGAAAUAGCAGUGCCAGAAAUACGAGGCUGCCUCAGCUCUGUACUGAAGAUCUUAAGCCAGAUUGGUAUCCUCAUAUCUUUCUCCCUUGGAGCUUAUUUAAACUGGCAUCAGCUGGCUUUGGUCGUUGCUGCCGCUCCAGUCCUACUCUUCUUAGCUCUUCUAUUCAUCCCCGAAACGCCGUCUUCUCUGUUCCUCCGAGGAAAAGAAGAAGAAGCGGCUGACUCCCUUCAAUGGCUUCGAGGUCCUGACGCCGAUAUCCGACAAGAACUAGCAACGAUAAGAACGAAUAUUCUAGCAAGCAAGCAGUACAACGAUGGACGAACGGGAAAGUUGAAAGUCCUUUUAUCCAAAAGACUUACUCGACCUGUCUUGAUCACGUGUGGACUGAUGUUCUUCCAAAGGUUCACUGGAGCACAUGUUUUUAACUUCUACGCUGUGCCUAUGUUCAAGAAAACUUUCAGGAUGAUGAAUCCACACGGUGGAGCCAUCGCUACUAGCGUGGUUCAACUUCUUGCUUCAUGCUUAUCAGGAAUGUUGAUAGACCAUGUUGGGAGACUACCUUUGUUAAUGAUAAGUGGUGUGAUGAUGUCUAUAGCUUUAGCGGGUUUCGGUUCCUACGCGUAUUACGAAGAUGUCUUCCGGAAUUCAACAGACUUAACUAAUGUGGAACCUGGUUCAUAUGACUGGAUUCCGCUUCUUUGCGUUUUAACGUUUACUAUAGCGUUCUCACUUGGUAUCAGUCCUAUAUCUUCUCUUUUGAUUGGAGAACUGUUUCCUCUAGAAUACAGAAGUACUGGGAGUGCGCUAGCGACCAGUUUUAGUCAUCUUUGUGGUUUCGUUAACGUUAAGACAGCUGCAGAUUUUCAAGAUCACAUCGGUUUAUAUGGUCUAUUCUGGUUAUACGCUGGAAUUUCUGUUCUUUGCCUCCUAUUUGUAGUGCUUUUUGUCCCUGAAACGAAGGGAAGAGAAAUAGAUGAGAUGGACCCAAAAUAUGUGGAAUCGUUAUGUAUAAACCGAUAGUAUUAAAGUGUAGCAAGUAAUGGUUGCAAAUAUAGACUGAAUUUCUUUGUAGAUAGUAGAAAGGUGUGUUUAGAAAGUGCACAAAUGAAAGGCGUAGAAAAGUAUCGCUGUGCUAGAAUGAAGCCCUUAUACAGUAUUAUAUAUUAGAGUUUAUAUCUUAAGAGGUUUUGAACAGUGCCUUACGUGUUUGUGUAAAUGUUAGAUAGUACCUCUUACAAUUGCAUCACAAGUUUUUAUGCAAGUAUUUUAACUGUUGAAGUAAUUUAGAUUAAAGUUCCUUAAUAUCGACGCUUAUUUCCAUUUCAAUUGAAAAUCAAACCAAAUAACGAGAAUUUAUUUGUAUCCAUGUAUUUUUAAAGAUCUGCAUUUUUUUUUUUUUUAGAAAAUAUGCAAACUUGUAUUGUGCGUUUUAAGAAUAUUGUAUUAAAGAUACAAUAAGAUUGAAUUCGAUUGCCAAAAUACUGUAAAAAUACUGAUUUGAUAUUUCAAUUCUUACUGUAAUUAAAGAAAAUAAAAUAAUUAUUCUAAAUAUUAUAGAUAUAAGAUUAUUAUGUAAGUGAAAACUAUUCUUCCCAAUGCCUUAAAUUUUCGAUGCUUUUGCAUUUUCGCGGACACAAAAAGUUAAUAAUGUGAUGAAUAUUUUUAACAGUAUUGAUAAAAAAAUAAUAGUUUUUAUAAGCGGUAAAAUUAUAGGUUUAGAGUGAUACAAGUUAUAAGUGUUGUUUUGUCAAUGUAUGUACUAUUUAUGUGUUACAAUCGGCAGAUAACUUAACUUUUACUAAGUGAGGGGUUUUCUUGAAUUUUCACCUAAAAAGUGUCCUCAGGUUUUAUUGCGAAAACUCAUAAUAUCUACUUGGUUUAAAAUAUUUGCUUUUUUGAAUAUUCAUUAUUAAUACACAUACCUAAUGUGUAAGAAGAAUAUAACAAAAUUCAUGCUUACAAAAUAUUACAACCAUAUCCAUUUCAAUUCGAUUGUUUAGCAAUUUAUCGGACAGACAACAGAUUUUGAAAUCAUGCCUACAACUGAUAUCUAGUUACAACUCUUGCAAAUGAAUUAAAAUUAUGACUACAUUUUGGUCUAGUCUAUUGACAAGACGGUAGGUAUCUUAUUUCAUUUCUUACUCAAGAUUAAGAUUUUGGGUCAACAGAAUUCGCUAUGACCUACAGUGCGCUAGUGUGAAUCCACCUUGAGCUAUCUGCCGAUUGGAAUACAAAAAAUAUUAUAGAUAAAUGUUUCAAAUCUAUCAUAAAAUUCUAUGAAUUUAUAUAAAAAAAAUAUAUUGUGAUAUUACUACAAGGCGAAACUUUAUUACAAAGUGUACAGGACCUAUGUAGCUAAAAUAUAUAUGUUUCGUUCACCAGUGUUUGAAAAUGAGCAUUUUUCCGCCUUAAGAGUGCUCUUCGAGUUUCAAAGUUAAAGGGGCUCAAAGAUUUUCAUACUUUAAAACUACAAAUUUUUACGGAAAUCUAAAAAUUAUAGACACAGAUACUAAAUUCCUAAAGCGUGUCUACAUUUUAAUUGCUUAGUAUUAAAAUGAGAAUUAAUCUUCGUUUGUAUGCAGCGUGCUCGAAGAACACUCUUCUUAGUGUAGAUCGAUUUGAAAAAAAAUGGUGCUAAACUGGUGCCUUGCAUACGUCUAAAGAAAAUGUAUUUAAUUAAAGUAAAUAAUAUACCAGACUAGUUGUAGAGUUGAAGUCAUGGAAAUAGAAAGAUUUUUGAUUCAAAUACAAUUUUUACAAACGUUUUUGUACUUUUACAAGUAUUUUUGAAAUUGUCAAGUGCAUACUAUCCGAGAUAAAAGAAUGCUACACAUUAACCUUGGUCCACCGUAGCAUUACUUUUAGGAACAUUAGUUUUGAGAAUUCCCACGUUUUUUUGGCGAUAACUCAAAAAAAUAUUUUAUGCAAUUUACGACAGUGUUUUUUUUCCAAUAAAAAUAGGGAGCAAACGACCAGGCGGAUCACCUGAUGUUAAGUGAUUAUCGCCGCCCAUGAACAUUUGCAGCACCAGAGAAACCGCCCUAUGCGUUGCCGGCCUUUCAGGUGUAGUAGAGAUGCCCACGCGCAUCGCUUAUUAGAACUUGCUCUGCAACUAGUCUAGGUACUCUACGAUAUGCAAUUGUUAUUGUAUUUUUAUUAUAUUUUCAAUGUUGUAUAUAAAAAUGUAGAUCUAAGUUUGUAAAUAAAAUAGAUAUUUAUGUAUUAAUCGUUUUACAAAAUUUUGCCAUAUUAUAUUGACUGGUGUACAUCGUACGCCGAUUAAAGAGUAUUUUGUCACGUGUACUUAAAAAAAUGGUGAUUUAAGUGUUUCAAUAAAAUGUUUUUAAUCGUG